AACCUUCGGCGCUUCUUAUAAGGCUGCCACGGAACAUGAAUUGACUUCAUGUAGGAAAUCAAUGGGAGACUCAAACAGUUACUCCGAUUUGCAAAGAGCCAUAGAUGAAUUCAGACGCUACUACGACAGUAGCUCCAACUUAUUCGAGCGAACAGUAGAUUGUUUUCAGGAAAUCGAAGGAAGUGUUCCAGUGACUAACAAAGAUGCACUCAGGUUUCUCUUGCCGCAUCAAGAGGAAGUAAGAAACGAGCUCCAGAAAAGCCCUUCGGUGUUCUUCAUCGGCGAAAAGAAUUGUGGAAAAAGCUCAGUGAUUAAUGAACUUCUUAGAAAGUCUGCUUUACCAGUUGACGAGAUCCCUUGCACGGCAAGAAUUGUUCGAAUCAAAUAUGCAACUGAGCCGUACGUUAGACUCAUAAGAUUAAAUGGCGAAGAGGUCAAGAAACAGUUCUUUACCGACAAACAACCCCCAAAGGAAUUCAUCGUCGUUUCCGAUCGGGACAGGGAAGAUGAAGCUGUCUUGGGAGCCACUGUUGAGGUCGGAUUAAACCACAAGCUUCUACUAAGUGGACUGGAACUCAUCGACUCGCCUGGGAAGAGUGAAUCAGAGGCAUUAGACAAAGUGUUGGACAGCUUCCUUGAAAAAGGCACCAUACCAUUGUUUGUAUAUGUCAUCAACGGAGAUAAACGACUCACACGCUCAGUAAGUAAAGGCUGAACCACCCAUUGAAUCACUCUUCUAGUCCAUGGAUAAGACAUACGCAAUAUCUGUUGUUCUUUAUUAUAAAUAGAAGCUUUAUUGUUUACAUCUUAUGGUUUGAAGUCUGGCACCAAAGAGCAUGGAAAGUUUUAAUCUCUUACUUGAGCUUAGUCUAACAGCAACUUUGCCAAAGAGUCUCGUAAAACAUGAGCAAGAGGAACUUAAUUUAAAUGAUUUUAAAAAUGAAAGCCUGGAAUCAUCUCGCGAAGUAAUAACUACAAAAUUAAACCGGAAGAACCCUAAACAGCUCAUCAUGUGAUGAGCUGUUCAGAUAUGUAACGAAUUUCUAUUACAAUAGUAACAGAAAAAUGUAUGCAUUUACAAGGAAAGUUUGAAAUUAACGCGAUAAAAUUGGUGAUUAAGUGUAGGUUUCUCCCAUUGAAUGUGGAUAGCUUCUUUAUUUUAAGUUGAAAGUGGUGGAAGCGUGAUCUAAGAUGUUAAAACACUCAUCAGAACAAAGUGUGCGACAUCGUGGAGAAUUAUGUAGAUGUCUGAAAAUGUGAGAGGUCCUAUCACUGACCAAGUGCUCACGUACGCGUUUUAAAAUUUAAAAAGUGUCUUUCAUUUUCUCAAAUUAGGAAAGUUUAGAGAAUGUACAUCAGAUUUUCAAAUAGUCCACUUUCUCCUCUGUAGUGAACGCUGUCCAAACUGAACUAGACCGGAGAACAUCCAAACUUACUACUUUGUGGACUGGUCGAUUUAUAGCCUAGGGGCAAAGGGGAGGGGUCAGGGGAUUUUUGUGUGUACUCUUGUUUUCCCCCUCCCAUAUUGGCAGUUAAUAGACAAUCAAUGUUCUAUGGUUUUCCCUAUGUUCUAUGUUGGCGACGACUGAUCUCACUCAGUUCUCCUUGAAAACCAUGUGAUCCCCCCCAAAAAAAUUCUAGUUACCAUUCCCAAAUUGUUAUUCGAAGUUAUUGAGAGUAGAUCUUUGCCAAACAAUCAGAAUUUCCUCUUUGAAUUAACCCUUCACUGGGCUAUUUAUUUCUUCCUUUCAGGAUAGAGAAACACUGCAAUUCUUAAGGGACAAAUUUCCUCAAACUCAAAUCAUGUUUGUUUGCAACAAAGUGGACAUCACUACGAAAGCAAAGAAAUAUGAUCGGCGGUCAAGACGUAGCUUGCAAUCUCACAGAGAUGAUGAUGAUGAUGAUGAUGACGAGGACAACGAUGACGACGACGAUGGUGAUGAUGAUGAUGAAGAUGACCAUGAAGAGACAGGUAGCAGUUGUAAACGUCAUUUAAAUGAGUCAAGAAUAGCAAACGAAAAGGCAAAGGCCGUUUUUGAUCUACUAAAAGACAGGUAUCUCUGUGGAGAUUCGUGGGAGACGUGCCUCAUGUUCCAUGCUAUUUCAGCCAAAGAAGUUCGCGAAGAACGCCUGAGGAAACAAGAGGGAAAAGCGAGCACAAAAUUUCGUCUUUUUGAAUCCAGUCUAGAGAACCGCCUUUGUGAGGUUGUUAAAACUCAAACUGUUAGAGUCGUAAGAAAACUUGUACUUCUCCAAGAAAGCUUUGCGAGUACCAUGAAGGUGCGAAGGGAUUCCAUCACCCACAAAGCAUCGGUUGUGCCUUUGUUGAAUUCAAAAGCUGCCGAGGUGUUGGACAAAAUGAUCCAAACGUUGGCAACAGCAAUCACAUUUAAGUCGGAGGAGGCAGAGCGCACGCUUGUGACAAAUUUAGAAGUCCUUAGGACGCAUGUUUUACGCGAAGCUGAAGAGUACAAAGCCGAGAAACGGGAAAGUCUGCUGAUAGAGUUUCAAACCAUGGUUAGAACUGAGCUACCGGCUUUCUCAGAGACAUUGCUAGAUUCCGGCCUUGACAUUGCUUUAGCAACAUUUGUUGCUGACAUGAAACGCAGCAUCUUGGAAAUGUCAUACCAAACCCUGGAGACAGCUGUUCACGGCCUCAUGAAGGAUUACGUCCACGAUCUUAUACGUGCUAUCGAUGACUUCCAUUCAGUCGUUCAAGACCCAAUGGUCUCACGCAUAUUAGAGGACAUCUAUGACUUUCAAUUCCUGGCCGUCAAAAGUGAAACAGAUCAGUUACUCCAAGUUGUUAUGAAUGGGCUUCUUGACUCCACGAACGACGUUUCCUCUGUUGCUCUGAGAACUGGAAUCUCGGAUCCUCUCUCUCGAGUUCUUUCGCCACGAGACUUGGUGAGUUACCAUGACGUAGAUAUUUCCGAGAGGUCAACCAGGCAGAAUAUUUGUGAGACGCUGUUGGCUGUGAUUGACUUCAAUGGUGUCGUGUAUUCAGUUCUAACCGUAUGUGCAGACCGUCUGUUAGAAAUGCAUGAGAAAUUUCAGGGUGCCCUUUCUUCUUUCAAUUCUUUGCAAGAGGCUUUUACCAACAGCUUCGUGUCAGCUCAGCUAGAAUCUUUCCAGGUCCAAUUCACCCCAAAGAUUCGCAAAUUGACUGUGGAAGGAAUGGCCUUACAAUAUUUGCAAACGUUUGGGCCAGUUGAGCGUGGUUCUCUUGUGGCCAAAACAAGGCAUGGAGCUAUCUAUGACUGCAUAAGCGAAAGCUGGUGUAGUGCCACAUCCACUGGACAGUGCGUGGUAAAAGUCAUUGAAAAGCGAAAUUUGAGCGAAGCUGCCUGGAGCCAGAAUGCUGUGGAUUUAGUCAACAUGAUGUAAGUAAUGCAUUAAAAACUGUAGUGAAUUAAUGCAUCAGUCAAUUCUAAGCUUCAUCAUCCCCUUCGGGAAACCACCCGGACAUUUGAGCUUUUGAAGAUUAUUCCGUUUAUAUUCCCGUCCCUCUGGGCUAAAUUUGCAUUCAAAUGGCUUACUCAAGCACAUUUUUUAUUGAACAACUCUCUGUAUGAUCAACGAAUGUUUCUGAAUUUAGCAAAAUCACUUUUUUUUUGGUGCUGCUGUUUUUUUUUCUUUUGUUUUUUUUUUGUUUGUUUUUUGUUUUUUUUUUUGGCUUGUAAGCAUCAUUCUUCGAUGUGAAAGCGGACUCUUUUCUUUUAACUCCUCCAUAGUUAAAAUUUUAUCAAUACUCCUGGCUAAAGCUCCCCACCCCACCCAGGUAAGGUCCACACUCCUCACCCCCGCGGCAUGGACGACAGUCAAAUGCCUGUGGGUUGCCCAAGGGGAUGUAAAAGCGUCGAUUUGAUCAUAAACGGCUUGAUAAGAACAAAAACACGUUUUGAGGAUUCCCCUGUUCAAUUUAUCUCAAUGUUUGGGCGACUCCUCUGAUAGUUUCGUGACCUUAUUUCAGUCUGUUCAUUCUAUUACAAAUCCGAAUUGUAGAAUAUCUGAUAUGUAUUUCUAAGACUUAACGAUCUGAAUUACCAUAUCCCUGACAAAAUCAUUAGAGUAAAUAUUGGUGUUAUUUGAUUUUAGGGACAUAAUUCUGAGGCUCAAUGGCUCCCACCCAAACCUGUUACGCUUGUAUGGAUGGAUCCUCCCAGAUCCUGAUACCGUACAUGUCGUCAUGGAGAAAGCAGAAAAGAAUCUGCUGCGUGCUCUCCAACAGGAAUUGCCGCUGAUUAUAAGGAUCAACAUAGCCUUGGACGUGGCUGAGGGGUUGAAGGCCAUUCAUGAUAUUGGUUACGUCUACGAGGAUCUGAAACCUGGAAAUAUUCUGGUAGGGGUCCUCUAUGUGUGCAAUCUGGGAUUUGGUUUUAAAUGAUGGUCUUAGCUGGAGACGUAAGAAAAAUUCAAAUAAUUACAGCAGUCUAUACGCCAUACAGGCUUCUCACAAAAUGUGUGAGAUGACCCUAUCGAAUGGGUCGCUCUUUAGUUUUAAGAAUCGUGUUUAGUCUCAAGAAUAUGUCAACAAAAUAUAUUUUAAAGUUUCUGGCCACCCCUGAAUUCUGAGAAAAUCUGAAAUUUUUCGAUUCUGAAAUAACAAGAAUUUAGAUGAAAGAUAACGAAUCAUUGGAAAAUAUUCAAGAAAAAAGUGUUCUCCUUAAGAGACAGUAUAAAUACAGUAAGAGCUUACCUGAGUAAAUCAUGGAAAUUUAUCAAUGUACUGACAUUGUCACUGAUAAUUUGAAUUUUAUGUAAUGAAUUAUUUCUCACCCAGGAGUAUAAAAGGGUACUGGCGAAUUGUCAGGGAAGCCUGAUGAAAUGUUUGGGGCGGGGGGGGAGAGGGGCUGUAAUACUUCUAGUCUCUUCUUGCUAUGGAAACCGACAUAGUGUCCGGCUUGGUGAGCCACUUGGCUCAUUUAAAGACUUCACUUCUUUAAUUAAAUCAACAUAAAGUAACACUAAUUUCCCUGCAUUAACGUAAAUACGUGUAUACUUUAUGACGCAUGGCUCCAAUUCCGGGAUGCUAAAGCUUCUAUUGUAAAGGGAAAUCUCACAACAGUUAUUUUCCUUUAGCUCAUGAAAGAUGGAAAAGCCAAGAUCAACCUCGCUAAACCUGAAAGUCCUUACAACAUGACCACUCUUGGUUCACCGUUCCACAUCUCACCAGAAAUGUACCACUAUCACCGAGAAAGCCACCUCAGUUAUCAUUCGUAUGACAUCUACGCAUUUGGAAUGUUACUGUGGGUGCUCUUUGAGGGAAGUGGGAUAACAAGACCAGAAGUUUACCAAAACAUGGAAACUACUGAGGCAAUGCAAGGAGCGGUUGAGAAUGGAGUCCUUCCGAAAAGACUGCCUCAGGUGAACGAUACAUGCUGGAAUUUGAUGAUGAUGUGCUGGAAAAACAGAGAAAGCAUUGAAAUGGAAAACGUCAUCUGUGAAUUGAACCUGAUAAGGUGUUCUUGCCCAGACACUUUGAUGCCCAGCGACCGUCGUUGAACAAAUAUUGUUUUCCUCGUUCCAGAAUUUUACCAAAUAAGAGCAUACCAUGAAAGAUGUUUAAAACGUUUAGGAAUUACUCAUCCAGCAGAUAGAUUAAUGAUGAAAAAUGAUGUCAGAAGUCUUAGGAAAGAGCUAGUUGUGAUGGAACUAUAGCAUGUGGCAUAAUACAUGCCUUAUGAAUUGCAGCUGCCACCAAAUCCGUGGGGGCAUGGGUUUGGUAUUUCUGAACAUAGCCAUACCCCCAUCGAGUAAUGUUGACAGUUUUUUGGGAGAAUCGAUCUUAUUUCACAUUUUGAUUUCAUAUAAGUUCAGAAUAGGUUAGAAAAGUUUUGGUAGAAUAAUGGUGGUGGGAAAGAGAGACAAAAAAAUACAUAGACAAAUAAGUGUUGCAGGGAAAAGGAAGUCGAAUUCAACUAAAGUAACAUUUUAUUGAAAUCGGCUGUAUUUAGUUCCACUAGAGGGUUGAGUCGAAAAAAAUACAAUAAGGAUUUUUUUACUAGUUAACCUGGAAGUUAACAGUAAUGGUCUUUGUUUUUUGUGGCGGUGUAUCCUGAUGUUUUUAUGCAGUUUCACAUUCAGUGAUCGAGAUGCCUUUAUUACUGUAUAACAUUUCUAGCUAGAUAGACAAGUGUUUGAAAUUUUUAGCCCUUCAAGUGUUAAAGUUUUCUCAAUUUUCCCUGCACUAAACAAAAAUGAACGCUAAAAUUCAGCUUUAGAUCAUAUUUCUUUGCACAAAAAUGUGGGUCGAGAGAAUUGUACAGGGACACCUUAAUAUAUUUGACCGUGUAAAAGUUAUUGAUAUUCGAGCUAAAUUACAUGUAUAGAAUCGAAACAUUGUCGUUUGAUUGCAAUGGGUACAAUUGGUUAAGCAAUAAAAUGCUUUGAUAGUUCC